CUGAAAGACGCGGAGACUGCAGUUUCGUUUGUGGCGAGGCUCUAGAAUUUCAUGUGAUGAUGCUAAUAAGUAAGGAAGUUGGGAGUUGGAUACGUACAGAGAGGAUGUCAAGGUGAGUUCCUGGUGGCAUGAGGCCGCUAGUGACCACAUAAGUGUUGAAAUUCGUCAGAAACACGUUGAUAAGCAGAUAGGCGAUUUAUUCGAAUUCGUAGAAUCAAAGAUUGCUUUGUACACUGUAAAGCGACGUGUUUACAUAAUAGCCAUUACAGCCGACGCCCACUAGAAACCUCUAACCGGAUUCCAGUCAUUUUAUUAUAUGGAUACGGAAUUUCUAUGGUAAGUGAUGCAUGUGUACAGAGGAUUCAUUGUCAAUGUGGCAUGCGGCCGGUGGUGACCACGUCCAGAAAUUCGUCAGAAGUACGUUGAUAGGCAGAUUGGCGAUUCGUAGAAAGUAGAGAUUUUGUACAUACGCGAAACCAUGCGUCUAGGCACUACCCUACAACCUCUGAACAGGUUCCGGUCAUUUACAUCUAAACAUUUGCACUGUACUAAAAUUAUUAGGCAGUCUUCUAAUAGAUAGAUACGAAAUUCAUAUGGUAAACGUGCAGUUAGGUGCUAAACAGUGCAUUCACACACACUCACACACACUGGGUGACUCUUGUAUUGCAGCAUCCAAUCAGAGCCCUCGCAAUUCCGUCACUGGCUGCGACGAAACCACGAACUUCUUUGUAUUCGUACUUUGUAGGCGUACAGCAUCUAGUGACCCUACGAUUGGCAUCGAUCAUUGUGUCUGAUGUGGUUUGCCACCGGUUUGUGCCUCUUUGUCCUUCUCUCUUUCUCCAACGGCGACAUCCCAAUCGGCGGUUGCUCUGGAACCGAAUACGGUUGCUGUCCCGAUGGCGUAACAAGCGCCAGCGGUGUGUCGUUCAGCGGUUGUCGUCAGCGUCACGUCGCGCCAUCGCAAGAGUGUCAAAACUUCCUAUCGCAGCUACACCCGGCGAAAUGCGCGACGAGAACGAGCUGCCAGGACCUCGAGUGCAACUACACAAUCGAAGGCAUUCGAACUGAGAUAGAAUUCGACGUGCACAAGUGCAGAGAGCCUCAACCGUCCGUCAACAUGACAUUAAAGUUGCCGUCUCUAGACUACAAAUGGAGUCACGACUUCUCUGGCAACGUGUCCAUGAUUAUUCCUGAUCUGCAGCUGAACCUUGAUUUGCUGCACAACUGGCCGUUUUAUGUGCUUAUUGAUGUGAGUGUGUAUAGAAGCAAUAGAGAUAUACACAUGAGUGCUGCAAUUGCGCCGGUACUAGUAAGUGUUGGGUUGCCGCCUGGAGAUGGUUUCAGACUAUUCAGGAUUAUCUUGCUGGAAGACAGUAAACUGCCUAUAAACACGAGCGAUUGUUAUGGCCCACCGACGUGUUCGAAAAGUUGCUCUGACUGUUUGAAUGGUGACGAUGGUUGGGUAUGUUAUAAGUGCCCUGUGAGUUGUUCCUCUGGGGUGUCUCACGGGGUGUGUGGUAGUGACAUGAUGUCGUAUAGCAGUGAAUGUGUUAUGAGGGAGAAGGCUUGUGAGAUGAAGACUGCACUCAGAGUUCUAUAUGUGGGACAGUGUAGCUCUAAUCCUCCCACACGAUUGACAUUGGUCACUGCAUGGCCGCCGUCUCUCGACAAUAUUUCAUCAAACACGGAGGAAUUUGUUCGCGAUGCAGUUGUCUUUCUUGUUGUUUCCGUCAAAGAAGGCUCGGUGUCCAUCUACACAGCAGGAUAUUUCGGUAGCAAGCUUAGUGUAUUGCUUGGAUACCAAGUGGUUGUACCAAGAAUUAGCAAGAUAACUCGUAGCAGGCGACUUGCUGAUGACAUGAUUAUCUUGAACGUGACCAUGUAUGCUCAUUAUCACUCAAGUGGCAGUGCCAAUGAGGUUAUUGUACCAAAUGCUGAACUUGUCAACGCUUUGAAGCAAAACAGAGACAAACUAGAGAAGACGGUGAACGUUCAGGUUGUUAGCAUCGAUCGUUCCUAUGAAUUACAAUUAAACAACUCAAGCGGUACUGGAAGUGGAAGCUCAUCUAAAACAACAAUCAUUGUUGUUGUCACCAUUCUAGUUGGCAUUCUAAUCGCAGUUGCUAUAGUGUUUGUUGUGAUGUACUCGAGAAGGAAAUCGAGAGCAUGUGAUAUCAAUGAGUCAAACGAAGAUGUCAUCAACCUUCCAGGUAAGGACCAGCUAGCACUUGAAUUUAGCACAGACGAUGGAUGACCUUAAUACUUCUAAUGGUAUCCAGUAGAAUCAGCAAACAAAUUUUGAUAAUUAUGGACUCUUGACGUAACACACAAAGUAUUGCUUCAGUGUUACACUAUCUACUUGAUGAUCGAAUAUGCUUAUGAUGUUCUCAUAUCUUGAUGUUGCUCUUAUAAGAAAUUACAAUUUGUACACGUUAUCAACAAACAAACAGUCAAU